CCCAUCACUAGGAAAUCCAAGUCCACACACUGUUCCACUUGCCUUGCCUUCUGCUGCCUGCUAGCAUUGUGCCUGGAUCAUGGUGACUGAGCAGUCCUGGUCCACUGUCCCUGGCAUUGGCUGACACAGAGGAGAGCAGAUGCUGCAAGAGGAAUCCGCAUCCACGGUGUAGGGAGUGCUCAGGAAAGCUGUGCUGGCCAGAUGGGAAUGCUCUAGGACAUGAGCCUGCUGGAAGCACAGCAACUUCUCCGGGAUGGAUUUCUAGCUUGGAUGUGUGUUCUGCUCCUGAGAAGGGGACAGCAGCCCAAUCAGAAGUGUGUGUGCUUUCCUUGCCUACGAUUGGAGUUCUGGGAAAUGUCAUGCAGUCCUGUCACUUCUCCUCCCCCUCAUAAGCACAGAGUUGCCUUGAAUUUCCCACUAUAAACAAAGUGGCUUGUCCAGAACCUGAGCCAUUCCUUCCCAAGUUCCUGCAGCUCCUGCUCAGUCCCAUCAAGUAGACCCCGAAGGAUUCCAGUAAAGACAAUGCAGCCAUUAGGGUUAAAUGCUAAAUCCUUUUCCUUCUAGAAUAUGAAGUGGUCGGUGAUGCUCCAAGUCCUGGCGUGGGACAUCUACAAUGCAGAGUGAUCGUCUGCUACCUCCAUUUCUCUGGAGCAUCAGGAUGAACUGCUAUGGAUUUGGUCAAUAAAGGACAGAAGAACAGUUUACUUCACAGCUCCAUGGUGAUGCAAGACCCCGGAAUGAGGAACGGCAGGGGUCUGCAGGACCAGUGGGCAGACACGGUGACUGUCAGACCAAGGACCACUGAGAGACAAAUCACUGUUCACAGGAAGCUAGUCCUGGGCUUUGCUCUGUCUAUUCUAGCUCUCAUUGUGGUGACUACCAUUGCAGUGUUCCUCAGUGUUCGGUUUGAGGAAUGCCCAGAUGGAUCCACCAGGACACUUAACAGCAGCCAGGAGGCAGCCAGGUUUAACCAAAAUCUGGAGGUAGGUAAGGAUGCUGGGGAUGGGACCAAUCAUCUGCAGGAAAAGGACCAGGAAGAAGACUGGAAACCUUGGACUUACCUGAGAUUACCCACACACCUGAGACCACUGCACUAUAACCUGAUCAUCACUGCAUUCAUGGAGAACUUUACUUUUUCUGGAGAACUCAAUGUGGAGAUUGAAUGUCUAAACUCCAGCAGAUACAUUGUGGUCCAUGCUCACAGGAUAAACGUGGAGAGAGUCCAAGUAGCAGAGGACAGGGUGGCAGGGGAUGUCAAAGUUUCCAACUUCUUUGCUUAUCCACCCAACCAGGUUUUAGUGGUUGUUCUAAACAGAAGCCUGGAGGCACAGAAAAGUUAUAACCUGAAGAUCAUUUAUAAUGCUAUUAUAGAAAACGAAUUACUUGGCUUCUUCAGGAGUUCUUAUGUGAUUCAUGGAGAAAGAAGGUCACUUGGAGUUACUCAGUUCUCUCCCAUUCAUGCCAGGAAAGCCUUUCCAUGCUUUGAUGAGCCUAUUUACAAGGCAACAUUUAAAAUAAGUAUCAGACAUCAAACAUCUUACAUGUCACUGUCUAAUAUGCCAGUGGAAACCUCAGUUUUUGAAGAAGGUGGAUGGGUUACAGACCAUUUCUCACAGACUCCAUUAAUGUCAACAUAUUAUCUUGCAUGGGCAGUAUGCAACUUCACCUACCGCGAAGCUAUCACUCGGAGCGGUGUUGUAGUGAGAUUAUAUGCCCGACCGGAUGCAAUAAGAAGGGGAUCUGGAGACUAUGCUCUUAAUAUAACAAAAAGGCUAUUGGAAUUCUAUGAGGAUUACUUCAAGGUUCCAUAUUCAUUACCAAAAUUAGAUUUAUUAGCUGUGCCAAAACAUCCUUAUGCUGCAAUGGAAAAUUGGGGAUUAAGUGUAUUUGUAGAGCAAAGAAUUCUUCUCGACCAAAGCAUUUCAUCAAUUUCAUACUUAUUGGAUGUCACCAUGGUCAUUGUGCAUGAAAUCUGUCACCAGUGGUUUGGAGAUCUAGUAACUCCCGUUUGGUGGGAAGAUGUGUGGCUAAAGGAAGGCCUGGCUCAUUAUUUUGAGUUUGUGGGAACAGACUACCUCUAUCCUGGCUGGAACAUGGAAAAACAAAGAUUUUUGACGGAUGUGUUGCAUGAAGUGAUGUUACUUGAUGGAUUGGCCAGUUCACAUCCAGUUUCACAAGAAGUUCUUAAAGCUACUGAUAUUGAUCGAGUUUUUGAUUGGAUUGCAUAUAAGAAGGGAGCAGCUUUAAUUCGAAUGCUGGCUAAUUUUAUGGGCCAUAAAGUAUUUCAGAAAGGACUGCAAGAUUUUUUAACAAUCCACAAAUAUGGCAAUGCUGCAAGAAAAGAUCUUUGGAACACUCUCUCAAAGGUAUUGAAAAAUGAAGGUAAAUCUGUCAACAUUCAAGAAGUGAUGGAUCAGUGGACACUACAAAUGGGGUAUCCCGUCAUAAGUAUAAUAAGAAAUGAGACCGUGGAUGAUGGUAUAACAGUUACUCAGGAGCACUUCUUAUAUAAUAUAGAUGUUAAUAACCGAGACCUUGAGCAAAAGAAUAAUAGUUACCUUUGGCAGAUUCCAUUAACCAUUGCCAUAGGAAAUAGUAGCCAUAUCUCCCCCCAGACAAUUUUAUGGGUGUCUAACAAAUCAGAAUACCACCGGAUUCCCAUGUUGGAUGAAAGCAAUUGGAUCCUUGGGAACAUUGAUCAGAUUGGUUAUUUUAGAGUUAACUAUGAUGUCAAGAACUGGAGAUUACUUAUUGACCAACUAACAAAGAACUGUGAGGUCAUUUCUGUCAGUAAUCGCGCUGCUCUGAUCGAUGAUGCUUUCAAUCUGGCGAGGGCUGGAUAUCUGACACAAAACAUCCCUUUGGAGAUUAUAAGAUACCUUUCUGAAGAAAAGGAUUUUCUUCCCUGGCAUGCAGCAAGCCGAGCUCUUUAUCCUCUAGAUAAAUUGCUGGACCGAACUGAGGACUACAGUAUAUUCAGUGAAUACGUACUAAAGCAAGUGGCAACAAUGUAUUUCCGACUUGGCUGGCCUGUUAAUGGACACAAUGGAUCAAUAAUUCAGACAUUUUACCAGGCAGAGGAGCUCAGAAGGGAAGUCAUAAUGUUGGCUUGCAGUUUUGGCAACAAGCAGUGCCAUCAAGAAGCAGCAACAAUGAUCUCCGACUGGAUUUCCAGUAACAGAAACCGAAUUCCACCAAAUGUCCGGGACAUUGUGUAUUGCACAGGAGUUUCUUUAAUGGAUGAAGAUGUUUGGGAGUUUAUUUGGAUGAAGUUCCAUUCUACCACAGCAGUUUCUGAAAAGAAGAUUUUACUGGAAGCACUUACCUGCAGUGAUAAUAGAAACCUACUAAACAGGCUUCUGAACCUUUCCCUGAAUUCUGAAGUAGUACUAGAUCAAGAUGCCAUAGAUGUUAUAAUUCAUGUAGCACGAAAUCCACAUGGAAGAGACUUAGCCUGGAAAUUUUUCAGGGAUAAAUGGAAAAUUCUAAAUGCAAGGUACGGAGAAGCAUUAUUUAUGAAUUCAAAACUUAUUAGCGGAGUUACAGAAUUUCUCAAUACAGAAGAAGAACUAAAUGAGCUAAAACAUUUUAUACAACUUCAUAAAGUUGGAUCAGCAGUGGCUCCUCUGUCUCGAGCCCUCGAAACUGUAGAUGCAAAUGUACGAUGGCAACUCCUCUACAGGGAAGAGCUCUUUCAGUGGUUAAGGAAAACACUGAAACAAUAAACUUUUGAACCUUCAAGUACUGAUCCAGAAUUUCCAACAGAGUGUCAUUUCUUGGAAAAGACCAGAAUGCAUGCUGUAAAAUUAAUUGGAAACAGCAAAAUGGGGCACAAUGUGACCCACUAUAUUUUUGCACUUGGCUCUUUUUCAAACAAGAAGAAACUUUUUCAAAUUAAAUGACUAUAAAAGAUUAUAAUACAACAUCCUGGCUUCCUGGGAAAACAUUACAUACAAAAGCAUGUUGAUGUUACUGUUUUCAACCUAUAUUUUGUGCAUGGUCGUGUAGUCAGCCUGUGAACUCCAGCAUGCUUACCUUAACUGUCCAGGUUUUUGUAUAUGAGCUGCUGUUACAUCAAGAGGGGCAUUAAGCAAAAGCACAAUGACAAUAUAUAUAUAUAUAUAUAUAUAUAUAUAUAUAUAUAUAUAUAUAUAUAUAUGACAAUCAGUGUCUUCAAGAACUCAAGAUGAAGGAUAAAAUAUCCUAUGACAACUAGUGCUGAAAGUGUGCAGAACCUCAUUGUACUAGUAUACAGAUUGUCUAGCAGUGAUUGAUAUUUCUAUUAAAAACUACAAAAUAUUUUGAGAAUCAAACAAUGUAAUAUAUAAAUGCAUAU